GCCGAGCAGCGCGGCUGCGCUGGAGGGCCGCGCCCGGCAGAAGGCCGCGUACGCCUCCCUGCCGGACCUGCGCGCUGGCAGGCCGUACCGGGCUGGCCGCGCCAAGCAGCCGCGCCCAGGGUGCCACCGUGGCCUCUGCGGCGGGCGCGAGGGUGGCGAGGGCGAGGGCCGCGCCAGCACGGCGUCGCUGGGGCGCGAGAAGCCCGCUGCGGCCCGGGGCGGCGCGCCUCUCGACGGGAGGCCGCCCAGCGGCCCAGCGGUUGCCGCGCAGGGCCCUGCCCAGCGCUUCCUUGCCGCCUCCAUGCACGAGAUGUCGGCGAACCACGGAGCAGGGACGGAGAUGGUGGCACCUCCUACGGCCCCGGGCAGUUGCACAUGCUCAUCGCCGACCAGGGACCCCUACGCCUUGCACGGCAGAACUGCGACGCGCGCAAAAGGCUUGCCCGCUUUGGCGGCGCCGCCGGGCUGCCACAGUCGGGCCCCUCGUCCGGCCAGCUGCCCUGGGAUUCCGAGCGAGCGAGCUGGGCUCCCGGCUGGGACUUCGACG